AUGUGGAUGUUCACAACAGGCACUUCCGUGGUCAUGGCGCCAUGGCUUGCUUGGGACAAGCUCAGGUGCCGCCAUCGAGGAUUCGCAGCUGCACUUGCUGUGUUGUACUUGGGCGCGCUACGGCAGCAACCCUGUGGGUUUGGAGUGCGCAGACAGGGUCAAAGUCCGCUGCGACUUGUUCGCGAGCAGGCCGGCAUACAACAGCAUGUGCAGGUGGACACCGGAAAGAUACUGCUCAGCAAAGCGGGGAAGCUCCUCCUUUCCAAAGUGACAGAAGCUGGUGCAAGGGGAGAUUGGCAACAGAUUCGCCGUCUGUUUGCUGGUUAUGGUGGUUCUGAGCUGCCUGUCUUCCAUGCUGUGUUACAUCAUGCACUCAACUGCGGGCAACUCAAGGAGGGGGCGAAAGUGUAUGACGAGCUCUGCAGGAAGAAGGUAUCUAAGGAUGCACCAACCUAUUCCACUGCAAUGAAGAUCUUUGCAGAGUUGGGCCAGUCAGAUGUAGUCAGGGAAAUCUGGGACGAAUCUAGGACGGCAUGCGAGCUGGAUGAGUUCUUGGCAGGAGCACGCAUCGUCGCUGCUGCAAGAGAGGGAGAUGUCAAGACAGCAGCUGAUGUCCUAGACGAAAUGAACCGUACUGGAGUCCCAAUAGAUGUUGGGCAUGUGACUACCGCCAUCCGUGCUUGCUGGGAAGCUUCUGGCAGGAAUGACAAUGCAGCAGGGUUUCUGUUCCGUUUACUGGACGACUUGGGCUUACAGCCCAACAUCGCUACAUAUACUUGUCUCGUCGGUGCGUACAAGCAAGCAAGCUUGCGCAAAGUGCAGGCUGUGGUCCAGCAAAUGAAGGAAAGCAGCAUCCAGGCCGAUAUGGCCUUCAUUGAGACGUACUUGACGACAGUGCUCCGCAAACCAAAAGAAGAGAAGUGGACUUUACAAGAACUCGUUGCAACAAAGCUGCGAACGCGCUCACCGGAACGUUUGGCUGCUGCUCGUGGAGCCCUUGCUGAGUUUCGUGCUGCCGGCAUCAGCUUAACAACGCUCAGUGCACGCAUUGGCCGAGCCCUUGACAUACUCGAGUCUGCAAAGUGA